AACAUGAUGCCCCUCCACAUCCAACAACCCCCCCUCGCCCACCGGCGUCUCACUCAACCUCUGCUCCAAAAUCAACCUCCUCAAACAAGCCAAACUCGGCAUCCGACUAAUCGCCAACCCCUGCAUGCAAGGCAGCGACUCCCAAGGAAAAACAUGCAGCGCCUUAUCCAGCAACAAGACCGUAUGAAUCCCCGUCUCCUCCUCCACCCCCCUGCUACUCCUACUCCUCCCCUCAUUCACAGCCGAAUGAUACCCCAUCAGCGCAUCAAACGUCUCCACCACCAUCGAGUCAAAAUCGAUCUCGUCGUACGCGUUCCUCUCGCCGUGAAACUGCAAAAUGUCCACGACGAAGUACAGCAGAUCGGUGAGCUCGUCGUCAAAGUCCGUGCCCGGCCUCGUCGCGUCCCCCAACCCGAUAAACAGCUCGAGGAUGUUCAGGUCCAGCUGCACCUUUUGACCAGCAGCAGCAACCUUGGUCUUUUUUCCUCUCACCUGUCUUCGCGAGGGGAGGUGUUUAUCCAUCAUGGCCAAAAAGCUCUUCUGAAACCUGGCCAACAGAUCCGCCCUCCGACAGUGCUGCGAAAAGAUGCCCCUGAACCCCCCGAGCCAAAUCUGCUCGAUGUUCUCCAGCAACUCCUUCAGCCUCUCAUCCAGCGCCUCUCUCGCAUUCCACCACUCCGUUUUCGCGCCCUUUUGAUUCAUAUCCUUUGCGCUGUGGCAAGUAGCAUUAAUCUCCUUGAUGAUAUCCAACAACUCAGACCUUCCCUGCUGAAAGUUGAACACGUCGCUAUCCGCAUCUCGUGACGUCGCGCGUUCAAGCGGUAACCGGAUAACAAACGGGUUCUGCCCAGCCUGAAGCUUGGUGAUGCACAAGUCCUGAUUCCCCUCGCUAAGCGCAAUCGAGAUGACGUUCCAAUUCUUGGGGACAAUGUCAAUGUAGUCCCUCUGAAUCUUGUGCAAGUCCAGCGUGAAUCCCAGACUUGAUCUCCGGGAGGUGACAGACUGCAACGCGGGCGGCCACUCGGUGCCGUCAUGUCUGGGCGCGUGCUUCUCUUGGAUCAUCGCCUUUCUCUCCCUUCUCCAGAUCAGAUUCCUCGCCAGCUCGACAGAGUAAGAUGUUUGAGCAGAGUGAAUCGUCGCCUUGGUUCUCGAGGAGGAAGUAGCAGUGAGAAACAACCCAACAUGCUGCAACAUGCCAGAAAUCUUGUGGAUCAGCGCCGAGUCCCCGCUCUUGGACGCGACAGAAUGAGCCUCGAGCAGAUAAUCAUGUGCUUCUCUCAGGUUGUCGACAUAGACACCUUGUGACAGGUCCUUUGCACCCUCGCCCUUGCCAGCAGCCCUCGCACCCUUCUUAGGUGACGUAGCUGCGUUCAUGGGCGAGGCUUGCACUGAAGAGAGCCUCUCCAUGCCCGAUAGCGCCGGGAAUGAAAUGGUGGAAUCUUGAAUGACGGAAAAGACCGGAUCCUGAGCCAUCUGCUCCAUGCUCAUACCCAACAAGCACGACGCCAUAGCCAGCUGCCGCGUAGGUAACAGGUCAGAAGACUUGACCGUCGUAGCAGAAGCGGCCUCACCCAAAAUACUCUGAGCCCCAGCCCACUCCUUUUGCUUGAGCAUCAGCACCGCUUUCUGGACGAGAAUGGAAGCCCGAAGUUUCGCAAGUUGCGCAUCCUCCACUACUACCACGGGUUCAGGAGCAGGAGCCGCGGCCUUAACAACCGGCUUCGCCUUCGUAGCAGCCGCCCUCGCCCCAGCAGCCCCUGUCUUCCGAACAGGCUUCUUCACCCCCCCACCACCAACCACCUUCCUCCCCCCUACCCCUCCCCUCGCUGUCGUCCCCUUGCUCCCCUCCUCAAUCUUCAACUUCUUCAUCCCCUCCUCCACGUCCUCCACCCCCUUGUCCUUCACCAACCCCUUCACAAUCCCCUCCGCCCUCUCCAGCAACCAACCCCCCCCCUUCAAAUUCCCCACCCCAACACAAAUCUCUGACAACCUAACCGCCAACUCGGCCGCCCCAAACCAGUUCCCCUCUCCAGCAACCUCCGUAAACAACCCCGUCGCCUUCCCCAACAUCUCCCCCGCCUUCUCAAUCCCCCCCGACCUCCAAGAAACCUCCCCCAUCCACCCCGCCACCGCACAGUUGUAAAACUCGCUGUCCACCUGCCCCGCAAUCUUCCCCGCUUGCUCAGCAUAGUACAUCGUCUCCUGAAACAAGCCCAAGUGAGCGUACACGAAAGAGAGCCUCAUCGUGUUCCGAAACAAGCCAUGAAACAUUUUCCAAAAGGCCGGUCCAGAAGCAGCAACAGGCAGGUGUUGGGUUGCGGUAGCGAGGGACAGGUCGGUUGGAUCGGGGGAGGAGGAGGAGGAGGUGAUAGAAGAAGCGACGAGCUGGGCUUCCAACUUUACCCACUCCGCCAUGAUCGCCCUGACGCUUUCUCUAGAGUACACCAGCGCGUGGUGGGAGUCGCCUUUUUCUUGGGCGAGGAUCGAAUGCAGAUAAAACGCAUAGGCGACGAGUUGUUUUUUCUGGAGGCGGGUGUGUGUGCUGGUAGAGGAAGUGGUGUAGGCUGUCCGGGCGGAGGCGAGGUGCUCUUCCGCUUGUUGAAAGUCGCCCAAGGCAACAGCGUGCUCAGCGCAGGCGAGGUAAAACGCGGCGGUGGUUUCCCCCGAGGCUUGCGGGCCGAGGUGUUGACGGGCCUUGGUGAAGAGCUGCUCUGCCUUUGUAGACCGGCCUAGGUUGGUGUAUUGCAUGGCCAGGGCAGAGUUGUGCUGAAUCAGCUCUUCGGCUUUGGAGCCCUGGGUAGCGGCUACCUGGGAGAUGUCUGUGACAAGCUCGAGUACGGAGGCGAGCAUUUCGUCUUUGCCUUUCAUCCGGAGGAAGUCCGCGAUAGACUGGAGAUAGUCGAGAAGACCGGCAACAUCGUCCACUUGCUUCUCCAGGGCGGCCUUGUCCUGGCAUGACUUGAUGAUGCCCUGCCAGACAACCACGCUCUCCCGAAGGGCGCCUGCAUUCUUGUAUCCGUCCACUGCCGCAGCCAGACUCCCAAAGAGAGCUUUCAUGUGCUGCAGAUACCCAACCAGGCCUGUGUCCUCGCCCAAAUCCUCCACCUGCGAGGCGUCUUUCGCAACCGCGAGGAGUUCCUCUGCCUUAUCGAGCUUCCCCAGAGCAGCACAAAGCAGACUCAGCAGCACCCUAAGCCGUCGGAUCGGGUACCUCGUGGGGAUGUAUAUCCUCAACAGCUGAUCAACACAGGGGUGCUCGAGCGUGACAUCCGUGUAGCUGCUUCCUGCUCUCAGCAAGACAUACCUCAGUCUGUGCUCCAAAGCAGCCGCCCGUUCAGCCUCGGAUAAAUCGACAGUCCAAUCCAUCCAGACCUGCUCCAUCUGCGCGAUGGCCACCAGGGCCCGUGACAGCGCCUCGGUUUUUUCAUCACGCUCCCAGACCGCCACCGGUGAUUGUGUAGCCAGCCCCUUGGCAACCGUAGCGAGCACCCCAUCCUCAAGCAAACUCGUCCUGAUGGCAAAGAGCGCACUGAUCGCCUCCUCUCCCCUGCCCAACCUCUUUGCCAACUCACUCUGCCUCUCCAACUUCAGAAUCAACUGCGCCUUCUCCUUCUCCUUCCCACUCCGAUACUUGACACAGUCCACCGACCUCCUCAGCGCCCUCAACGGACUCGGGUCCUUGGGAUCCGCGAUCGUCUGCCGGAGCGCAUUAUACUGCAGGUAGUAAAAAUGCGAUAUCUUGACAUACAUCGAACUCCCUUCUCCUCCACCGUUACUACUCCCCGUAUACUCCAACAACGUGACACAAUCCCCCAAAACACUAUCCGUCACCUCCCACGCCAUCCUCCCCUCCUCCAACCUAACCUUGACCACCAAAAAAGCCGACUCCAGAUUCUGCUGCAAACUCCCCUGCAGCAGUUGUCGUCGUUGCUCAUACCUCAAAUAAUCCUUCGUGCUGCCUUUAGGUCCAGGCGGCUUCCCCAACCACCUCAAACAAAACCUCGGCGUCUGCAACACCAACAUCUCCAACUGGUCCCUCGUCCCCUUUUGUAGUGACGAAACCUCACUCUUCCUCUCCACCACCAGCACCGAAAUCGCCGCCUUCCUCGCCUGCACCACAUUCCCCAGCAGCUCAUCCAACUCGCUCAUAUCCCCCCUCAAAGGCCCCAUCAUCCCCGCCACAACCUCCCCAAUCAGCCCAUCAUCAUGCAAAUACUUUGUCCUAUCCUUCAGCUGGCACCCCAACAACUGCGCAGCAACAGACACCUUCUUCACAACCGACUCGGCUGACCCUCCCCCCCCAAUCAUAUCCCUCAACCUAACCCCCCACCCCACCGCCUCCUUCACCAAUCCCCCCUCCUUCGCAAGCGUAGCCAAAGUCUGAUAAAUCAUCGCAAGCGGCAUCCUCGAUCCCUCGUUCGGCUUGAAAUUCAGCCCCCUCACCCGGGUAUCAACCCUCUCCCAGGCCCCCACAACAACCUUAUAACUCGUCUUCGCAUCGGCCGCCGUCCUCCUUAUAAAGGCGCCCAAAAAUCUCGACAACGGCACCAUCACCUCCUUCUCGACAUCCCCCCGAUGCUUCACCAUCUCCCACCACUGCAACCUCAUCUCCAGUCCCAAAACCUGCAGCUCCAGCGCUGUGCCGGGGGAGACACUCAGCCUCUGCUCCGUAGCAACCCCAUCAUCCUUACCCGACACACUCGGGCAAAGCGCCAGCAGACACUGAGCCGCAGUCUCCAUCUGCCUUCCCAGUUUCCCCUUGUCCGCUCCCUUUUCCGCGGCAGCCUGCAGCAGCAACCUGACUGGGGAACAAGUCUUGUCAUAUCCCAAAUGCGCCACCACCGCCUCUAUCGCAGAGGGCUUCUUUCCCAGUCCCAACACCCUCAACGCCUGGAUCUGCGUCGUGACAGCCAGCAGCAGCGCCGGACCGGACAGCUUGACAGAGCCAAAGUCAAGAAUCUCGGAAAACGCCUCCGCCGUGGUUUUCGGCUCUGUCACUGGCGCCUUCUUCUCAUUCCCCGACAAAGUCUCCAAUCUCCUCUUCAGGGUUCUUAGUUCCCGAAUAGCCUGCUCGUGCAAACCAAGUGUGAUCAACCUGCUCACCAGAGCAGAAAUCCCACUCUCGAGCUGGAGCUCCGGCAGCGUGACCUUUCCCGCGGUGACAAUCUGCCUCAAUGUACUCAGCGCAACGCGCGCGCAUUCGACUAGCGAUAACAAAUUCGGGGAAGAACCCAACAGGCUCGGCUUGGAAGGUGAUCGUACAUGUCGCGGGACAGAAGGGGACGUCGACUGCCGAUUCAACGGGCGGGGUUGGAGGGGUGAGAUCGGUGCUGAGCUCGUUCGUCGUAACGUCUGCCUUGUCGUCGCGGUUUUGACUAAUGACGGCGACGGCGGGGGGUCUUCUGUUGCGGGGGUGACAGUAGAUGAAGCUUUGGCUGCUUCCGACAGGGCUUUCAGCGCGGCGUUGAUGACCUGCGUCGCGAGGGUGGCUUUGUCACGGCUUGAGAGACCGCCGGCGGUAUCUACUGGGGGGUUUGGGGCGGGAGUCUUGCCCCGGCGGGAGGGUGCUCGGGAUACAUUUGAGGUAGCAGUAUUAGCCCGCGAUCGAGCAGUCGCGGCGCGGGAGGUUGUUCGUGACGGUGGCUCGUCCACUGCAGGUGUGCUGCUGCCGCUGCUGCUCUCUUCUUUUGGGAGGAGUAAACUCUUCAACAACGCAGACGUCGCGGGGGUGCACGUCGCGACCGAGGCAACAGCGCUGCGGACGGCGGCAGCAGCCGUUUGACUGGUGGUGGCGUUGUUGUUGUUUGUAUCCAUUACGAAGGGAAAAAAGAGAAAAUGUCUGCUUGUGGCUGUCGAUUUACAAACGAGUUUCUGAUUUCCUAAUCAUAUCAUUUCUAAUCGCAAUUGUCGCAAAACAGCCAAAAGCGAGGUCGCAAUUCGUUAAAACAUCUGUCUCCUCUAAACAAACGACCAAAAAGAUGGUGGGAGGAGAGGAAAAGAAAGUUGUUGACGUCGAUACGAAGUGAUGGAGUUAUCAAGACAAGAAGACAAGGAUGUUGUCGAAGAAGUGGGUGGGCGAGUGAUGUCGUCUGGCGUGGAGGCAGUGGACUGGAUGGACUGGUUUGAAUGUGUUUCCUACCACCCAGAAUGGGGCUCGCCAAGAGAUUAUUGACUCCACGGAGAAAAGUCAGUGCAUGCUGGGUGGUUGACCAGGCAACAAUCUAGCCAUCUCCACACUUGUUGCCUGCCGGGAAGAGAAACGUUCAGAUGGGGUGGGGUGCUUUCUCCUGCAGGGGUUGGUUGAACAGCCGUUGGUGGGAUCCAUUCGUGUUCAAAGUUUUGAUCUUCAACGUCUCAACCUCCACCACCACCACCACCGACCAGUUCAAUUCGCGAUCCCACCAACUGCCCUCUCGAUCCGCAAGUCAAAAUGUACCGCCCAACCCUCCGCCUCACCCUCCUCUCCCCCCUCCUCUCCCAAACGACAGCGACCCCUCUUCUCCAAGCCACCACAGCCCUCCCCUCUCGGGCAUCUAGCACAGUCACCGAACCAUCCUUCUGGCGCUCCAUGAUCCCCAAGCCCCUCCGAAAGGACAACCACCACCGCUCCCUCCCCGCCCAAAAACAAUCCCCCAAAAAAGACUGGAACCCCGCCACAUUCUUCAUCUGCAUCUUCCUCUUCAUCGGCUCCAUGUCCAUCCAGCAAAUCGCCCUCCGCAAAGACUACGAAGCCUUCACCCGCCAGUCCGACGCCCGCAUCUCCCUCCUCCGCGAAGUAGUCGAAAAACUCCAAUCCGGCCAAGACGUCGACGUGGAAAAGGUCUUGGGCACAGGUGAUCCAGAACGCGAAAAAGAGUGGGAUGAAGUCCUCAAAGAAAUCGAGCGACAGGAGGCUACACGAAAGAGACAGCAGGCAGAGGCUGCUGCUGCCGCUGCUGCUCAGGUCAAAGCUGAUGCUGAAGCUGCUGCUGCAAGACGCCCAGCCCCCAAAUCUGCUCUUUCAAGCCAAGGCUUCUUCUAGCAAGCUAAACACCCCCAUUCCUUAAGGUGCGCGCGGUAUAUUUCUACAAAAAUCUAUGACAAGAAAUCCUUAAAAACCUCUGCGGGAUUUGUUCGCUCAAAGGCCACCGCAUGAGGCGCAUCAUGAUGGUGGUGGUGGCGGCGGCUCCGAGCUUCCGGUUUGCGCAUUGCCUGAACGAGGGCUGGCAAUAGGCUCUCGGUGGAUAUCUCGGUUCUCACCCCCUGACCCCCUGCCUGCUUCGGAUCCAAAUCGGUGAAAAAAGCCUCUUCCCCUCUCACACCGCCCAUGUUUAUCACUGCAAUGGGCAUCCCUCUGUCUUUGGCGCGCUUGGCUAGCCGCCAGGCAGAGUAUGUCGCGAGAGAGGUACCCAUCACGAGCAACCUGCCGGCGUUAUCGAUGGUCUUGUCAGCGUCAUGCUUGACUUCGGGAGAGAUGCUGUCGCCAAACAUGACCACGGCCGGCUUCAAUAUACCGGCAUUGCUGAUGGGCUCCAAUGCGCCGUCCUGAUCUACCUCGACCACACCCUUGGUGCCAUCCGCCAAUGGUGGUGGGCGAGUCAGGCAUGUUGGACAAGCUGGAUACCGAAAGGUGGUGUAUGGCGCGCCGGGGACCUCAACAUCGCCAUCGGCGUUCAUCUUGACGCCCCGCGUCCGCUUCUCGUUUGGGUCCUCGGUUUCUAAUGCUCCAGAGGAGAUGGCUUCUUUCAGAAAGUCUUUCCAAACCGGAUUCAAUCUGGCUAACUCGGUUUGAAAGACAUCUCUCGGGUACUCAUUUCGGCAGGUGAUGCAGACGGCAGACCGGAGAUAGCCGUGGAGUUCAACUGUGGGCAUGUCCGGGUGGGCUCGAGGGUGGAACGAGUCGACGUUUUGAGUGAUGACGCCUUUCACGACACCAAGUUUCCCGAGGUCUCGGAUGGCGUAGUGGCCAGAGUUGGGGUUGGCCAUGCUCAUGGUCGUCCAGCCGAGGAAGCUUCUCGCCCAGUAUCGCUUUCUGGUCUCAUGGCUGGAGAUGAACUCGUGGUGGUAGAUGGGGCGGUGAGUCUUGUUGACGCGAUAGGUGCCCUUGACGCCUCGGUAAUCGGCCAGUCCGCUUGCUACUGAGAGGCCGGCGCCGGUGAGGACGACUGUUGAGGGCGGUAGGCCUGAUGGGGGUGGGUUGUGGAAGAACUCUUGGAGGGCGGUGAUGGCGCCGGGGAGGGUGGAUGCUGAUGGGGGGAUGAUGUUUGGUGGUGGGAGGAGAUCUCGGUAGGGGAUUCGCAUGAAUGAGGUUGGCAUUGUUGGGUGGGAAUAGAUGAGACUAGAUGAGACUAGGUGAGACUAGAUCCAAUGAGACUACA